AACGGAAAGAGCCGAAAAUUUCGGCUCGGUCAUGUGAUCAGCUGUGUCCAAUCACAGCUGAUCGCAUGGGACCUGUGCACUGAUCAUCAGGGCACUGAUGAUCAGUGUAAGCCCCAGCAGUGCCACCUGUCAGUGUCCAUCAGUGCCAGCUGUCAGUGCUCAUCCAUGCCACCUGCCAGUGCCCAUCAGUGCCACAUCAAUGCCACAUAUCAGUGCCUACCAGUGCACAUCAAUGCCACAUAUCAGUGCCCAUCUGAGCUGCCUUUCAGUGUCACGCAUCAGUGCCACCUAUCAGUGUCACCUAUCAGU